UGAUGUAUUUCCGCUUCCUCUCGGUCCUGUCGUCUUUGAUUGGACCAGGUUGUUGCGAGGAGGGAGGGGGAAGAUUGUUUGCAGCUGAGAAGCUCUGCUUACGGGAAGGUAAACUGAGCUCUGCAGAGACUCUCAUCCAGCCGCCUGUGCUCGGGCCUACCCUUCAGUCUCCAGCUGCCACCACAGCCUGGAGGCGCCUGCCUCUACCCUCCCGAAUGGUGCUCCUCCUCGUAGGCCUCGGCCCAGGAUCCAGACCCCCUUUGCCCCCUGCCUUGGAGCUGUUGCUCCGGAUCUCUCCUGGUGGACUCCCCAUUGGUGGGAGGGAAGGACUUUGGCCCAGACAAGGCCAUAUCUGUAGGAACCCUACUGACAGUUUGAAUUUCAGCCUAUACCAAGUGUGAGGUUCUUCCUGUGACCCCUUUUCUACCUUUUGACAAGAGAAACCUUUCUCCUUUGCUGUCCAGAGCCCAAGAAGUCCCAAGCUGGGGCCCUGGUCCCAGCAUGUCAGUCCUUUCUUGUGCAUAGGGCUCUGCCCUUUCCCAGUAAGCAUGGCUGAGUUCAGGCAGGUACCAGGUGGGCGGGAGACCCCACAGGGGGAGCUGCGACCUGAGGUGGUUGAGGAUGAAGUCCCUAGAAACCCAGUUGCAGAGGAGCCUGGAGGAGGAGGAAGCAACAGCAGUGAGACCAAAUUGUCCCCAAGAGAGGAGGAAGAACUGGAUCCUAGAAUACAGGAGGAGCUGGAACAUCUGAACCAGGCCAGUGAGGAGAUCAACCAAGUGGAGCUGCAGCUGGAUGAGGCCCGGACAACCUAUCGAAGGAUCCUGCAAGAGUCAGCGAGGAAACUCAAUACACAGGGCUCCCACUUGGGGAGUUGCAUCGAGAAGGCUCGGCCCUACUAUGAGGCGCGAAGGCUGGCUAAGGAGGCCCAGCAGGAGACCCAGAAGGCUGCACUGCGGUACGAGCGGGCUGUGAGCAUGCACAACGCUGCGCGGGAGAUGGUGUUUGUGGCUGAACAGGGCGUCAUGGCCGACAAGAACCGGCUGGACCCCACGUGGCAGGAGAUGCUCAACCAUGCCACCUGCAAGGUGAAUGAGGCAGAGGAGGAGCGCCUUCGUGGUGAGCGGGAACACCAGCGGGUGACGCGGCUGUGCCAGCAGGCAGAGGCUCGAGUCCAGGCCCUGCAGAAGACCCUCCGGCGGGCUAUCGGCAAGAGCCGCCCUUACUUUGAGCUCAAGGCCCAGUUCAGCCAGAUCCUGGAGGAACACAAGGCCAAGGUGACAGAGUUGGAGCAGCAGGUGGCCCAGGCCAAGACCCGCUACUCAGUUGCCCUGCGGAACCUGGAACAGAUCAGCGAGCAGAUUCAUGCCCGGCGUCGAGGCCUGCCUCCCCAUCCUCCAGGCCCACGUAGAUCCUCCCCUGUGGGGGCCGAGGCUGGGCCUGAGGGCGAAGAUGGGGACAGCGGGAUUGAGGGGGCUGAGGGUGGGGGGCUGGAGGAAGGGGGCAGCCUGGGGCCUGGCCCUGGCCCAGACACGGACACUCUGAGCCUGCUGAGCCUGCGCACUGUGGCAUCAGACCUGCAAAAGUGUGACUCAGUGGAGCACCUGCGAGGCCUCUCAGAUCAUGCAAGCCUGGAUGACCAGGAGCUGGGGCCCAGGAGUGGGGGCCGCCGGGGAAGCGAUGGUGGAGCCCGCGGGGGCCGCCACCAGCGCAGUGUCAGCCUGUAG